UUUUUAAGUCAGAGAUUGCAUAGUGCAGAGUGGUAACUCUGGAAAGACCACAUCCAUGGCUUCAGGUUGUAUCGCUGCCACGAUUCCGUUUUCCGUUCACAGGAGAGAGCCCUCAGCGCUGUCGACUCCUCGAUAUUGCCGUCUGCAAUUCACAAACGGGAUGCACCGUCUCCGUCUCGGAGUUUUGCCACUGAGUUGCGGGAACGCGAGCUUUUCUCUGACUCGAGAAUUCAACCCGGAUAUCCCCAUUGAAGAAGCGCAAACCCCGCCCACCUCCUGGUACACCGAUCCCUCCUUUUACUCUCUCGAGCUCUCUCGCGUCUUCUACAGAGGCUGGCAGGCAGUUGGCUACACUGAGCAAGUCAAUGAACCCCGCCAAUUUUUUACCGGCAGAUUAGGAAACAUUGAAUAUGUGGUAUGUCGAGAUGACAGUGGCAAAAUACAAGCAUUUCAUAAUGUAUGUCGGCAUCAUGCCUCUGUUUUGGCUUCUGGCAGUGGGAAAAGAACAUGCUUUGUGUGCCCAUACCAUGGCUGGACAUAUGGGUUGGAUGGAGCCCUUCUCAAGGCUACUAGACUAACCGGGAUUCAGAAAUUUGAAGUGAAUGAGAUGGGACUCAUUCCAUUGAAAGUGGCUAUUUGGGGUCCAUUUGUGCUUCUCAAUUUUGAUGCUGCUGUUUCUCCUGAACACGAAUCCGAGACUGUCCCUGUGGGAAAUGAAUGGCUGGGUAGUUCAUCUGAAAUCCUGAUUGCAAAUGGAAUUGAUUCUUCUCUGAGUUAUGUUUGCAGACGUGAAUAUACCAUUGAAUGUAAUUGGAAGGUGUUCUGUGACAAUUACUUAGAUGGUGGUUAUCAUGUCCCAUUUGCACAUAAAUCUCUUGCUUCUGAUCUCAAGCUUGAAACGUACUCCACUGAGAUAUUUGAGAGAGUUAGCAUCCAACAGUGUCUUGGUGGGACCACAGAGGAUGAAUUUGACCGAUUGGGGUCAAAAGCUACAUAUGCUUUUGUUUUUCCAAACUUCAUGAUUAAUAGGUAUGGGCCUUGGAUGGACACCAAUCUUGUAGUGCCACUGGGACCUCGCAAAUGUCAAGUGAUAUUCGAUUAUUUUCUAGACACUUCUUUAAAGGGUGAUAAUGAAUUUAUAGAAAGAAGCUUGGAAGACAGUGAGAGAGUUCAGAUGGAGGAUAUGUCAUUAUGUGAAGGCGUUCAGAGAGGGUUGGAAUCACCAGCAUAUGUGUGCGGCCGGUAUGCGCCAAGUGUUGAGAAGCCAAUGCAUCAUUUCCACUGCCUACUUCACCAAAAUCUUUGCCUUUGAAACUCUCAUUCAGGGUGGGGUGUGAUCUAAUAAAUUUGUACCAACCUACAGAGUGUAUUCUACAUGCAUUUUCAUCCUGGAAAAAGCUCUUUCUUGAUGGGUGAAGAAGUUUGAUUAUGUUAUGACUGUCUAUACUCUAUUUUGCAUUGUUUUGACCUACCUUCACUAUAUAUUGCAUACUGCAUUAGUAUCCAAA